AUGGCGAUUCCACCAGAUACCCCCGAUACCAGCGAUGCGACAAACCCCCCACCCUCGAACCAUGCGCUGGGUAUACCUCGUCCCCCCUCCGUGGGAGGAAUUUCGUCCCGGGUCACAGAUGUGACGUCAGAAGAUGGAGAACAAUCGCAGACAUACACGGGGAAGUCGUCGUCGCAUCCACCCCGGUCACGGCCUUCUGUAUCGAGACGAGGACCCCCACCUGCGAGAAGCUCCAUCACAACAUCCAGCCAAGUAGCAAGCAGACCGGGAAGCUCUGCAAGUCGAAUUAGCAGAUCCCAUAUCCCCUCCCUGACUGCGCAAGGCUUCUUUCGACCAAUGUCAUCUCAACGACUCCAGGCGCACCGUGGCCGUCCAGUUACGAAAGGAACGUCGAUCUCCUCCGAGGACUGGAACGACCAGUCAAGUCAAAACAGGAGGAGUCUUAUUUCGAAUAGCACAAUACCCCAAGGAUCAGUUCCCCAGAUGGAUAUGGAAGCCCCACCAUCGCGAGGCACAGAAUACACAGAUCCAAUAAUCCCAGAUCGACUCACAUCGAACGCCAGCCCCAUUGGUAAUACAACAACAAAAAGUUUAGGUGAAAGUGCCAAACUUUUGCACGACAGAGAUAGAGUAUACAAAAUUGCCCCGCCGCAUCUGAAUCUAUCAGUCGAUUAUAACGGGUCGAAUACCCAAGAUCCGCCCCAAAGGUCACCUCUUUCGUUUCUCUCGCUACAAAAUAGAACUACUGGGCAUCAACAUCGCGACAAUCGAGAUCAUGAACGACUAUCUUCAGCAGGUUCAUCUCCCACAUCUCUCGAUCCGAAGAAAAGUGGAAUGAUGAAAGGGGCGGCUUCGGGUAAAAACUAUGAAUAUUUCACAGGAAACACGAUAUUCUGCGGUGGUGGGAGAUUUCAGAAUUCCCGGGACAAGCCCAUAAACAUCCUAACAGGCAUAUUUGUUGUUUUACCUUCCGCGUUAUUCUUCGGGUUUUCGGCUCCUUGGUUAUGGUAUAACAUCUCGCCAGCUAUUCCCGUCGUGUUUGCGUACCUUUUCUACAUAUGCUUCUCCUCUUUUAUACACGCCUCGGUAGUUGAUCCUGGGAUCAUUCCUCGAAAUCUCCAUUCUAUGCCUCCACCAGAUCCCUCCGAUGAUCCGUUGGCCAUUGGACCUCCAACCAAUGACUGGGUCAUGGUCAAGUUGGCAACUUCAGAAGUUGCAGCAAUGGAUGUCCCUGUGAAAUACUGCAAGACGUGCUGUAUCUGGCGCCCACCACGUUGCUACCAUUGCCGUGUCUGCGAUAACUGUGUCGAAACGCUCGAUCAUCACUGUGUGUGGCUCAAUAACUGUGUCGGUCGUCGUAACUAUCGGUAUUUCUUCACCUUUGUUAGUUCUUCCACGCUUCUUGCAUUAUUCUUGGUUGGCGCCAGUCUUGCGCAUAUUUUGGUCUAUCGGUCACAAGAAGGUAUCUCGUUCGGGACCGCAAUCGACAAGUGGAGAGUACCUUGGGCCAUGGUAAUUUAUGGGGCACUGGCUGCGCCGUAUCCAGCGUCUCUUUGGGCAUACCAUCUUUUCCUUGUCGGCCGCGGGGAGACAACAAGAGAAUAUUUGAAUUCCCAUAAAUUUGUGAAGGCAGAUCGCCAUCGACCCUUUACACAGGGCAAUGCUGUACGCAAUUGGCUAUCCGUUCUUAUGCGGCCACGCCCACCGACCUACAUGCAAUUCAAGCAGCCUUAUCAAGAGGGAGACCAACGAUUGAGCACACUGAAACGAAAGGAUCGCCCCCGAGAUAUCGAAGCUCAAACUGGUAUUGAAAUGCAACAUGUCUCCCCCGAAGAACAACAGGCUUGA